AUGUCACCUCAAAUAGAAGAUGAAUGGAUUCAUCACCUUAAUCAAACCAUUCAAAAAGAUCUUGAGAAACGGUGGGCUUAUGUUGUGAAUCGUAUAAGUGAUGAUAAAACGCAUAGGGUUGGCAAAAAUAUUAAAAGCAAGAAAAGUAGGUGCACAACUAAAAAGGGAAGGCAUGCAGAUGCAGGAAUGGCAUCUGCUUCUGCCGUGAAAACAGAAAAAAGACACAUUCUUGGCAUCAGUGUUCGAUUUUGUGGGAAUGUAAUCACUGGUCCCUGCGCUGUUUGUGUUUGGUUCACUAAUCUCAACCAACAAUUCUCAACAUACAUACACUUCUUGUACCAAUAUGAGGAUGGUAGAACCGAGGCUGCGGAAACUGAUAAGAGAGAGAGAGAGAGAAGUAAAAGCAAAGAGGCAGGGAAAGCCUUUUACACUCGUCAUUGGCUUCCACACUGA